AGAGAGUCUGAGUGAUGAUGUCAUUGAAUGUGCUGGUCGGUACUCUCUCCCUCCCCACUCCGCCUUCCCUCUCUCCUCCUGCCUCUCUGCAUCUCUCCAUAUCUGUCGUCAUUGUGAGAAAGCCUGGGAGUGGCAGGAAGGAGGAGAGGCAGAGGAGAAAGAAGAAGAAGAAGAGAAAGGACGAGGAAGACGAAAACAAAGAGGUCAAGCAGCUGUAUGCAAAUCAAGAUUUUCCUGAAUAUUACACAGCAUCUUUCCAUUUACGGCUGCAGUAUGGCUGAGGGCUCAGUGUCUGUAGCAGAGGUAGAGACUUCCUUCCAGAAGUUUGCAGUCCAUGGAGACACUAAGGCCAGAGGAAAGGAGAUGAACGGCAAGAACUUUGCUAAGCUUUGCAAGGACUGCAACAUCAUCGAUGGCAAGAACGUCACCACUACAGACGUUGACAUAGUUUUCAGCAAAGUCAAGGCAAAGUCAGCUCGUGUCAUCACAUUUGAGCAGUUCAACCAGGCCCUGAUAGAGUUAGCUCCCAAACGUUUUAAAGGCAAAAGCAAAGAGGAAUCGCUUCAGCAGCUUUAUGGUCUCAUUGUUGGUAAGGAGCCUACCAACGUUGGAGUCACUAAAGUGGCAAAGGCAGCAGCAGUUGACCGACUAACUGAUACCACCAAGUACACUGGAGCGCACAAGGAGCGGUUUGACGAGUCAGGCAAAGGAAAAGGAAAGGUCGGGCGCGAGGAAGUCCCAGACAACAGCGGCUACGUGGGAGCUUACAAGGGCAGCGGCACUUAUGAUGAAAAAGUGAAAGAAACAUAAACAAAAUUCAGCUAAUUACAAAACAUUUGAUUCAAUAACUUGAAUUAUGGGUGUUCAAAAAUCAACAUAAAUUCAUUUGCUACUGUAUGCAGUAUGACUUGUGGGCCCAACAUU